ACUUAAGCAACUUUUACAGAUCAGAUCGCUGAAAGGUUACAGCAUCAAAAGAUAAAGUCAAGGGAGAAAAAAAAGUAAAAACAUCAUGGCUCUAAGAAGUGCUUUAACACGUUUGCUAACCACCAGCCACAAAUGUGUGGUGGUCACUGCAGGCAGAGCCCAGGGCACAGCUGCUGCAGCUGCAAAAGAUGCAGAAGAGGUUAAGAAGCCGGCAAAGUUGGCUAAAGUAGCGUUCAGCUGGCAGGACCCUCUGGAUCUGGAUUGUCAGCUGACGGAGGAAGAAAUAAUGAUCCGAGACACCUUCCGCAACUACUGCCAAGAAAAACUCAUGCCUCGCAUCCUGAUGGCCAACAGGCAUGAACAUUUCCACCGUGAGAUUGUCUCAGAAAUGGGGGAGCUUGGUGUCCUUGGCCCAACAAUUAAAGGGUAUGGCUGCGCAGGCACCAGUUAUGUUGCUUAUGGGUUGAUUGCUAGAGAGGUGGAGAGAGUGGACAGUGGGUAUCGGUCAGUCAUGAGUGUCCAGUCUUCACUCGUUAUGCACCCUAUCUAUGCUUACGGCACAGAGGCCCAGAAGGAGAAGUACCGGCCACGACUCGCUCGGGGGGAAAUUGUGGGCUGCUUUGGCUUAACGGAACCAAACCAUGGCAGUGACCCUAGUAGCAUGGAGACCAGGGCCAAAUACAAUCCAUCCAGUGGUACAUUUUCCAUCAGUGGAGCCAAGACAUGGAUCACAAACUCACCUGUGGCAGACAUUGCUGUGGUCUGGGCGAGGUGUGAAGAUGGCAGAGUUCGGGGCUUCAUCCUGGAGCGUGGCAUGAAAGGUUUCACAACUCCAAAGAUUGAAGGCAAGUUCUCUCUGAGGGCAUCUGCCACAGGUAUGAUCCUGAUGGAUGAGGUAGAAGUUCCCAACGAGAACCUGUUGCCCCACAUCUCAGGUCUUGGUGGUCCCUUUGGCUGUCUGAAUAAUGCCCGUUAUGGUAUCGCCUGGGGAGCCCUGGGGGCUGCAGAGUUCUGCUUCCACGCUGCUCGGCAGUACACUCUAGACAGAAUCCAGUUUGGCGUGCCAUUGGCCAGGAACCAGCUGAUGCAGAAGAAGAUGGCAGACAUGCUCACAGAGAUCACCAUUGGCCUUCAGUCCUGUCUAACCCUUGGAAGACUUAUUGAUAAGAAGUAAGCAGCACCAGAGAUGAUCUCCAUGCUGAAGAGGAACAGCUGUGGCAAGGCGCUUGAUAUUGCCCGACAGGCCAGGGACAUGCUGGGAGGAAACGGCAUUGCCGAUGAAUACCACAUCAUCCGUCACGUCAUGAACUUGGAGGCUGUCAACACCUAUGAAGGGACUCAUGACAUCCAUGCCUUGAUCCUGGGCAGAGCCAUCACUGGGCUGCAGGCAUUCACUGUGGAAAAGUAAAUAGACCUCCAUGAAACUGAUGUUCUGGGAACAUCGUUUUCCUUCUGUAAGAGGCAGUGCCACUGAGAUUUACGAUAAACACUUGUCACUAUUUUUUCCAAA